ACCUUCUAAGUUGCCAACCGCCAAUAGAUGAAGAAGCAGAAGUCAAAAACAUUCGUGUUUUGUUUGUGCGUCACGACACUAGGAAGGAGAAAUUUAGGGUACUUCCGCGAAGCGGCCACACAGGAAACAAACUUUGUCCCACUUCAUCGAUUGUGCAUUCAUCAUUGUAAAAGUGUAAGAAACACGUUCUAUACAAAGUUUCUCAUACUUUUAGAAUUAUGGCUGCACAAUUGCAUGAAUUGGUCACAAAUGUUCCAUCAGACAUUAAAAAUGGACGUGACCAAGUUAAAUGCGAAUUAUCUGGACUCUAUACAGAAGGUGGUUGUUUGGAACUUGGUGAAUUUGCCAGUGUUGUAAAACGUUACUCUGGUACACUGAUUCCCCUCACAAACCCAAAGGGUUACAGUAUGAGGGUGUGUGGACAGGAUGACACAGUCUACAGUGGCAAUGACGAUCAGCUGGAAGCCUGGAAAGAUUUCUUCCUACCAGAGAGAAUGGAGAUGGUGGUGAUUGGUGCAAUUGAUGAGUUCCCAUGCGACGCAUUUGGCCUGCAGUUAGUCCUCUUGCUGUGUGAAGACGGGAAUAUCUAUGCCUACGAAGAUGAAGUUCUGCACCUUGUAGCCAGAAAUAUAAAGGAGCUGUUUGAAACUGGCUUGACCUUUCCUGGAUUAGAACGCUACAAUCUAGGAGAAUGUUUUGAGGAAUACACAGAGGAAGAGUACAAUGGAAUCAUGGAAUCUGAUGAAAUGAAAGAAAUGACAGAAGCACACAACCGUUUCUGUGAACCUUUGGAGCUCCAAAUAUUGGAAUCUCUACGGAAAAUCAAACAAAAUCAAUUGAAGGGUGUGGAGGAAGGCUGUCCCAAGAAUAAUUCAGACACAACAAAACUAAGUGUUUGGAGACUAAUUACAUAAUGCAAAAUGCUCCUUCAAACAAGAAUUUACUGAGUGUUCAUUAAAGAACUCUAUAUAUAUGUGUGUGUAUAUAUGUGUAUUUGUAUAUGUGUAUAUAUGUGUAUUUGUAUAUGUGUGUAUAGUUGAGUCUGGUUCCUCUCAAGGUUUCUUCCUUUACCAUCUAAGGGAGUUUUUCCUUGCCACUGCUGCCUGAUUCACCACAGACUUGCUCAUUGGGGAUAAAUACAUACAGAACUAAAUAUAUCUAAUAUUAAUUUUUAA